CCGCCCCGACCAUGGCCUUGCACCUGAAGACGCGCGCAGCAACUACUAGAAUUCGCAUUGAGCAAACUCUGGCAUCAUAGUUAAACAUCAGCAUGUGUAACAACAGACUUCAGCAUAAAUGAGGGGGCUGUGCGUUGGCGCACCUGUAGGUAUCAGGCGGAUCAGGCUGACCUGCAAAUCACUUCACGACUCAGCCACCCAGUCCUUCCAUGCUAAGAUCUGUUAUGGAAAGCAUAAGACCAACACAGGCCACCAAAUUGGCACGGCUCAUCAAUCCACAUCGUGCGAUCACAUGCGCUACGUUCUCCAAAGAUGUUCCACUGGACCUCAACAAACGAUCUGUACGCUUUAUCGAAGUACUACCUGACCUCUCGGAAGACGGCCUCAUACAGUGCACACUUUCGCACGGUACCGUUGGAGAUGAUGAAUACAUGUGUCUUUCCUACGUUUGGGGUUCCGCGAAAGACAUACAGCAGAUUAUGAUCAACGGCGAACAGUUUCCCGCCCAGAAGAAUAUCUGGACCUUCCUCAACGCCGCCCGCCAUGCCCAUCAGUAUCCCGCUACUGCCCGUCGACUGUACUGGAUUGACGCCCUUUGCAUUGAUCAAGGUAACAUCAAGGAGAGAAAUCACCAAGUUGGCCAUAUGGGCGCUAUUUAUGCAGCUGCUAGACACGUUGUGAUCUGGAUGGGU